AUGGAUAUUGCAUUUUUCUUAUCAUUUUUCUUUGCUGGUACCUCAUCGAGCGGAAUAGCUUAUGUCGGUAAAGUCGGGCAGUUUUGUGAUCCGAAUCCAAAUAACUUGCCAUGUACUACUCCAAAUACUUCUUGCAACAAUAAUAUUUGCACUUGUGCACCAAUGUAUGAAGAGGUCAACGGCGAGUGCAUCUUAAGAUCAAGUAAAACAUUAGCUUCAAGAUGUAGGAUAUCAGAAGAAUGUACGGGAAAAGGAGAAUAUUGCAAUAGAAGCAACGGAAAGUGCUGCUGCUUGUCAACACACUUUGUCUUAGAGGGAAAGUGUAAACCAGUAAUUUAUCCGGGACAAAGUGGUUGUGAAGAUUCAAGACAGUGUGCUAAAGGUUAUCCAGGUGCUACUUGCACAAGUCAAAAUAAAUGCCAAUGUCCAAAAGGUUUUAAAGCUAAAGCAUUCAGUUGUUUCAAAAGUAAACGAUACGCACCACAACAAAAACGAUCACAACUGCCUUCUUUGAACACUUAUGACCAAAGUAAUUUUAUCGAAGAAGCAAAAUAUAAUCCUUUCGGCAUUCCAAUAAUGCACAAAAUAUCCCUCUUAUCGUUAUGUCCUUUACAACAUGUAUUCAUCAAAGAGAUUGGCACCUGUAUGACAAUACGGCUACCAGGCGAAUCUUGCCAAUACUCUGAACAAUGUGCAGCAACUGACUCAGCAGCAUUUUGUCAAAAAUUAAAAUGUGAAUGCGCUCCAGGAAUGAAGCUUAAUGGAAAUUCAUGUGCUUUUAUGGAACCAAAAUGUGCUUUACUUGGCUAUGUUUGGGUGUCUGAAAUGACCCAAUGCAUGCAAGUACUACCACCGGGCGCAAAUGGUUGCAGUCAUUCAAUACAAUGCUCAACAGCAAGUGAUGGCGCAUAUUGUUCUCGGCAUAAGUGUACUUGUCCUGAAAAACAAGUACCAAUUGAUGGAACAUGCGGAGAGCAAUGUCGAGCAAACAUGAUCUUUUCUGCAAUAGUCGGAAAAUGUAUACCAGCUAUUAAACCAGGAGGGAAAUGUCAAUACUCAUCACAGUGUCAAAUGAAUGACACUGAAAUGAUUUGUGUUCGAGGCUUUUGUCGUUGCUCCUUGGGUAAAGUAUUCACAGGUGAUAUGUGCGAUGAAAGAUGUCCUUCAGGCUAUGUUCUCGGUAAAAAUGGGAUAUGCAGACAAGGAUGUAAUUCAAAACAAAUAGAGCACAAUGAUGAAUGUUAUGAUCGAAUGCCAAUUGGACAAAGAUGUCUUGUAAAUUUGGAUUGUAUGGGAGAAUUCAGAUGUGUCAACAAUAUUUGUGUUUGUCCAUCAUCAAUGAUGAUUAAGGAAGGUUUAUGCCGUCAAAAAGAAGCUAGAGCAAUGGAAUCAUGCGCAAAUGGUGAAAUUUGCUUGGGUGGAUCAUUCUGUCUCGAUGGUAUUUGUGUAUGUCCAGCAGGAAAUAUCAAUUUAAAUGAGGAAUGUGUUCCGAGCGCAACUGUACCACCAAAUUCAUUGUGUAACUCAACCGCACAGUGUAGCGGUGGAUCAACUUGCACUGCAAAUAUUUGUCAGUGUCCCAAUUUUCAGCAAUCUGUAAAUGGGAUUUGUGAAUUGCUUCCUGCAGUGUCAAUGGGAAAUGAUUGCCCAACUGGGAAUGAACGAUGUUUGGGCGAUUCAAAUUGUCUUUUCGGCAAAUGCGAAUGUCCACUUGGAACAGUACGAAAAUCUAGUAAAUGUAUAUUGAAGCAAAAAGUACCCAUUGGUUCUCCAUGUAAUUCUACUCAAAUUUGUCUCGGAAUGGCAAAUUGCAUUGAUGGCAUUUGUCAAUGUCCAAUUGGCAUGGUUUUACAGGAUGGGAAAUGUCAUGAUUUUACAUUGAUUGGUGCAGGAGAUGGUUGUGUUAAUGGAGAAUUUUGCGGUGGCGGAUCGAUAUGUAAUAAAUCGAUAUGUUUGUGUCCAAUUGGUACAACAAACCAAAAUGGUAUAUGCGUAGCUAAAGAAAAAAUAAGCUACGAAGGGACAUGCAUAAAUGGAGAAACAUGCUCUGAUGAUUUACUUUGUAUUGAUGGAAUUUGUCAAUGUCCGCAAGGAAUAUUUACGAGUAGUGGACAAUGCAUAUCAACAAUAGAUACACAUUCACUUGGUAAAUGCUCGAAUUCUUCUCAGUGUGCUAAAAACUCAUAUUGUAAUCAUCAAAACGGUCUUUGCAUUUGUAAAGAUGGAUAUCAGUAUCAUGACCAAUCCUGUAUACCAAUGUUUACUCGUACACUAAUAUCACCAAUCAAAAUAUGCAUCACUAAUGCCGAUUGUACAGCUGGUGCAAAAUCAGGUGAGAUUUUCAUGGAUGGCAGAUGUCAAAUGAUAUUUGCCGAACCUGGAGAAUCAUGCCUUAGUGGUGAAACCUGUAUAUCAAAUUAUGUUUGCAUUAAUGGUUCAUGUUUAUGUCCUGAUGAUGAAGUAUCUUGGGAUGGUAAUUGUGUUAAAGAGGAUAUUAAAAUCAAGAAAUAUAUCACCUAUGAAGCUAAGCCUAAUUCUCCCUGUAGCAAGGGUGAAUUUUGUGUCGGUGGAUCAUUCUGCAAUGUCAUGGAUGGAAUGUGUCGAUGUCCUGCGGAUACUAUCUUCCAAAAUGGAAGAUGUGAAUUAACUAAUGUGCAAUCGACUUUUACGCUUCCGUCGCAGCAAAUUUUUAAUCGAAAUAAGGAUAUAAUGAGGAAACCAUCGAAUCAUUCUAUAAUUAAUAUAAAUCGAGUAACACUUCGCAUGAAUCGUUGCGAAAGUAACGAUGAUUGCACGGGUGGUGCUUAUUGUUUCAACCAUCGUUGCAUUUGUCCAUUUAAUAUGAUUAUGAAAGGUGGCAUAUGUCAGAGAAUGUUUCCGAUUUCACUGAAUCGUAUUGAUAAACAAUGUACGGGAAAUCACGACUGUACAAUACGUAACAGCGAGUGCCAUAAGGGAAUAUGCAUUUGUCUUCCUGGACAUCGUAUAUCUGGAGAUACCGGAUGUAUCCCGACAGCAACAACAUUUUCCAACAAUCAUCUGCAAGCAAUAAUACCGACAGAAGUUAUUGACAUGAGCAAUAGUAUCACCAAAACAACAACAAAUGAAAUGAUAGAUUCAAGCCUAGAAGUUAAAUCAGAUGAGACAAGUCUUAAUUCCGCAAUAUUUACACCUUUACCAUUAAUUGAUGCUGGCAUUGAACGUAUCCCAUCAAGUCGUCAAACUGAAAUGAUCGUAAACAUAUCGGGUGGCGUAUGCAACGAAACAACACUCUGUCUAUUUUUUUCCGUUUGUCGUAGUGGUAUUUGCAAAUGUCCUCUGGGCACUCGCAUAUCCGAUACUGAAUGCAAAUUUAUAGUCGAUGUAACUCGUCUGCGACAAUUCGAAAAAUUACUGCGUGGUGGUUAUUCGAUAUUAGCGUAUGCAACACGUUCAACACUACCGAUCAAAUCGCGAACAACCAAUUUGUUACCUGUAACAACAUUUCGUCCUAUCUCAUCUGUAAAAGUUAUGACAACGCCAGUAAAUCGAAUUUGGAGUACGGAGGAAGUAUGGCCAACGAUACAUCCACGAAUAAAGCCUGAACUUCUAACAUCGAUAAGCAGUCGAUGUAAAACAACCCAGCAAUGCCCUCCUCGAUCUCAUUGUAUCAAUGGUUUCUGCUCUUGUAUCCUAGGUACUACUAUGUCUCGAUCAGGUUUCUGCAUACCAAUCAAUACUGAAUCAGGUCCAGGAAUGCCAUGUAUAAAUGGAGAAAAGUGCACUGGAUUUUCGAAGUGUAUCCGUGGAAUGUGUACCUGUCCACCUGAACAAAAUAAUAUCGUUGGUAAUGAAUGUGCUAAAACUUUUCGUGAAAGUGCUGGCGUAUCUUUGGUAUUUUCAUAUCGUGGAAUGCAGCGCACUGAGGUUGAUCAGGGAGAAAACAAUGAUUGCACAACUGAUCCGACGAUAUGUCGUGAUGGUACAUAUUGCUUGAAAGGUUCUUGUGUAUGUCCCACUGGUCACAUUUGUACGCCAAAUGAAAUAAUUGUGAAUACUGGUGAACCUUGCGAUGAAAAUAACAUAAGAAUGCAAUGUGCUGGUAAUUCAAUAUGUACUGAUGGUUUCUGCACUUGUCCAAGCGGAGAAAGAAUAAUCAAUGGUAUCUGUACUCCCAUAAACUCACAACGUUAG